UCUUCCGUUCAAGCAGCUUGUGACAUUUUUUUCUGUUACUACAAGAUGUUUACUUGGAUGAGCCGUGCGAAUUUCAACGAGGAUCCCGAUAAUUACGCGUGCAAAGCCGCCAUGAAACUGCUAAGGAGACAACAGUAACUGGAAGGACUACUUAGCAACACAGGUCUAGUAGAGGUGCCAUGGAUGAUGAAGAGCGUCUUGAGGGUGAGGAAGAAAUGGAAAUAGAUGAAGCUUCCGAUGGCGAGGACGAAGAUGAAGAAACAACAGGAAUUCCUGUUUCUCCAGCAAAUUCAGAUCAAUUGCUCGGUCCUGCACCAACGACACCUGGUAACAUAACCCCGGACGAAGCUUUUCAUGAUCCUUUACGGUACCAGAAAUUUCCACUUCCUGGAGGUAAACCUUUAAAUAUUAGACGGGGUCCGGGUAGACCUAGGAAAGAACGUCCACCUGGAACUACACGCGGUGGGAGCACUCGUCGAUCUUUCGGAAGAGGGACUAAUAGGGGCAAAGGCCUUGGAUAUGCAAGAGGUGUACCGCGCCGUACUAAAAGUAAAGAUGAUGAUACACAUUCAGAGUCCCCAAGUCCUCUUCGUCUCGGUGAGGAUACUCCUGAUGGAGAGUCGUCCAACACCGAGAGAUGUAUGCCAGCACCAGAAGAACCGCCAUACUUCCCAGAACAAUGGCCAGGGAAAGUAUGCGCUUUGUGUAAUUUGGGUGAACGAAGUCAACUAGGUCAGGGCGAGAUUUUAAGAUUUACCUGUCCUGAAGGUUUUACCCCUGAAAAGUCCACCAACCGUGACGAAACAAAUGAUCAUCUUGUUGAUAUAUCUACUGGAGACAAAAGUCCACGUGCGGCAGGUCCUGGUGCUGUGACUUGCCGUAGGCAGAAAAGUCUAGCUAAGUGCAGGAAUACUAGUCUAUCAAAUUUUACGGAACCAGUGGAGGAAUUAACUAUAGUUGGGUAUUCGGAAGAGCCAGAAAUAGGAACAUUAUUCGAAUCAACAGGGCACUAUUACAUUCAUCAAUCUUGUGCAGUAUGGUCGAGCAAUACCCAAGAAUUAACAACGGAAGCGUUAAGUCCGGCAAUAGUGCAGGCUUCGUCAAGGCGUUGUGCUUAUUGUUCUCAUUAUGGAGCUGGAAUUCCUUGCAAAGUGGCAUCGUGCAAUCGUUAUUUUCAUUUACCAUGUGCUGCAGCUUCAAGUUGUUUCCAGGAUACAAAAAGCUUGUCCCUCUUUUGCAGUCAACACUUGGGACAAGUUCCACUUUUGUUGAACGGUGAUAUUACGUGUAUGCAGUGCUGUGGGAUGGGAGAUGUUUCCAACCUAGUAAUGUGUUCCAUUUGCGGCCAACACUAUCACGGCAGUUGUGUUGGUUUAGCACUGCUGCCUGGUGUACGGGCUGGCUGGCAAUGUGGAUCUUGCAGAGUAUGUCAAGUGUGUCGUCAACCAGAAGAUGCUUCGAAAGUAAUGUUGUGUGAACGUUGUGAAAAAGCGUAUCAUCCUAGUUGUUUACGACCAAUUGUUACAUCUAUACCUAAAUAUGGUUGGAAGUGUAAGUGCUGCCGUGUAUGUACAGACUGUGGUUCGCGUACACCAGGCGCCGGUCUUUCAUCACGGUGGCAUUCUCAUUACACCGUAUGUGAUUCGUGUUACCAACAAAGGAACAAAGGUUUUUCGUGUCCUCUUUGUAGAAAGGCAUAUCGGGCCGCCGCGUAUAGAGAAAUGGUUCAAUGUAGUGCAUGUAAAAAGUUCGUUCAUGGUACCUGUGACCCUGAGGCUGAUCCAUUAACAUACCAACACCGCAAGGAAGCUAAACCCGACUAUGAAUAUGUUUGUCUGCACUGCAAAAACAUGGCUCUUGUAAAAAGGAAAGAUAAUAUCGACGAUUACGGUGGAGAUUUAAGUUUAAGUGCGUCGCAAGAGAGUCUGUACGGUGACGGGGAUUCUUCGGAAUUCGAUUACCAAGGUGGAUCAGAGGAAGCCCUGUAUUCCAUAGGUCUUGGAAAAGGGAAACCGUUCUGUGCAUCAAAAAUAGCUAAAAAGAGGUUAGGACUUGGCGGCGGAUUAAUUGGUCGACCCAAAGGAAUUGGUAAGCUUGGAUACCAAAAGCGGCAGAAGAUGACGGAAUUCGGCAGGAAGAGGGGUCCCAAAGCGAAAAUGAGAGGUAUCUUCGGAGUGCCUGGUGUAGGAUUACAGAGGCCAAUGUCGGACUCAUUUUCGAAGGAAGAUGAACCAGGCAUUGAGAAUAGACUUGUAUUAUGUUCAGCGAAAGAUAAAUUUGUAUUGACUCAAGAUAUUUGCGUUAUGUGUGGUGCGAUUGGCACUGACCAAGAGGGGUGUUUAAUUGCUUGCGCGCAAUGUGGUCAAUGCUAUCACCCUUAUUGCGCUAAUGUCAAAGUUACUAAAGUAAUAUUACAAAAGGGUUGGCGGUGCCUUGAUUGUACAGUAUGCGAGGGUUGUGGCGAACGAAAUGACGAGGGUCGUUUGAUUUUAUGCGAUGACUGUGAUAUCAGUUAUCAUAUUUACUGCAUGGAUCCACCAUUGGAUUACGUGCCGCACGGUACUUGGAAGUGCAAAUGGUGCGCACACUGUCAAACGUGCGGUUCGAACGAUCCAGGAUUUAAUAGUAGCUGGCAGAAGAAUUACACGCAAUGCGGUCCCUGCGCAUCCCAUACUGCCUGCAUAUCUUGUCAAGAAACGUACAAUGAAGGGGACCUAAUAAUACAGUGCAUCCAAUGCGAAAGGUGGCUGCAUUGCGCGUGCGACGCGAUCAAAACCGAGGUAGAGGCAGAGAAAUGCGCGGAGGAAGGCUAUAUUUGUAUACUUUGUCGUCCAAGAGAUGUCCCGCCGCCCCAUCUUCUAUGCAAUCAACCUAAACCACAACCAAAUAAGUAUCCCCGUUCCCCACCGCCGACAUCACGUAGCCCAGAAUUGUAUAAACCCUCCCCUCAACAAUACUUGGUCGACGGUGUUUACUUAUCCGAAGCUGGAAUGAAUCACAUCAAGUCAUUGACAUCCGAGCAUCAACAAACAAGAAAGAAAAGAAGAAAAAUGCAUCCUUUGAUCGACAAGGAAGCGGAUAUAAUGGCAACUAUAGAGUCCGUGGUCGCUGGUGGCAGUUUAGAUAAUUCUUUAGAGGAAAAUGGAGGAAAAUUAGAUUUAACGGAUGUUAAGGACGAGCCCACGGAGGUGCUCAAGGAAGGAAUGGUAUGGACACCGCGUGGCGAUCAACCACCACCCGAGGGUUUUAGUAUUUAUACGACUGAAAAUGGUAUACCAAUUUUACGACGUAAACGUCAGCGUAACUUGCAAAAGUUAGGCAUCGGAGGUUUUAUCGUCAGACUGAGAGGCACGCGGAAAGACAAAGAGGAAGAAGGGGACCCUGAGAAACCUUCCGACUCGACGGUUGGCGCGACGGACGACAAGCCACGCAGGAAACCACAGAGAAGAAAACCAAAGACAAAGCUUUCUGAAUGUUUUCCUCUCUACAUGCAAGAGGCAUUCUUUGGCAAAGAUCUUAUGGAUACGACCAAAGAUAAGGAACUGGAAAGUAGCAGUGAAUCGGAUAGCGAGCGUAAUGUGUCUGGAAACGCGGAUACCAUUCAGCUAUCUCAAGAUGAACUGAAAGCGAUGGAACAAGUUAAAGCUAAGCAAGAGAAAGAAGAAGACAAAGUGUCCUCGGAGACUCCCAUAAAACGGGAAGAAAUUAUGGAUGACGAAGGUAGCGAUACGGAAGCUCUCGGUGAUAUCUUACCCAUUUCAGGUGAUCUGCUCGAUAGUGAUCUCGUUAAUACCAUCAUGAACGAACCUGACGAAGAUUUAGCUAAAGCUAGCGAAGCGUUAGAUGAAUUGGAUGACACGCCAGGGACAACUAAAGAUGAAUUAACAGAUAUUCUUAGUCCACAUUUCAACCUGGAGUCGAUGGUCAGAGAUACAGGAUUACCUAACAUGGAUAGUAAAGAUAUCGAAGAGAUAUUCAAAGGAGUUUUAACUGAUGAAUCUCAAGAAUCUCAAGAAUCGUCAGUCUUCUCGGUUCAAGCUCAGGCACCACAUCAUUCAUCCUCUACAACACCUCUCGUAUCUCCUUCGCCGCAUCCUGGCAUACAAACAUCAAUGACCAUACCAAGACCGCAAGUACCUGGCUCGCUACCCUCCGUUGGUCAGUCUAAUUUAAAUUCUCCGAUGAGUUUCCCACCUCCAUCUCCCUACCAUUCGGAGUAUAGCAAUAGCCCACAAUUCAGUCCUGCUUUCUCUGAACCACCGAGUCCGUGGGUCAAUCCCGAUGACGAGGGCACCGCACCAGCAGGCAACACUACAAUCUCAUACAACCAAAGAAGUAAUCUUAAAAUGGAAGCCGAUGAAGCUUUAGGUACAGGGGCGACUAUAUCCUCCGUACUUUAUGCAAAUAUUAAUCACCCAGAGUGGAAGUCAGACUAUCCAGCUUGGUCAGAAAGAUGCAAACAAAUACUGAAGAAGUGGCGUGCGUUACCCAACGAUAAGAAAGCCCCGUAUCUUACACUUGCGCGGGACAACAGAGCUGCAAGCCGUAUGAAAAAGACUCAACAGAUAUCCAAGGAUAUACCAAGCACGACCCCAGUCACUGCAACAAGUGCACCUACCAUCAUCACCAAACCUGUCACAACUAUGACAUCAGCUCAAGUUUCUCCAGUAGUAGCUAUGGCCUCCAACCAAAGGCAGAUCGGACUGUUGACCUCGGUGGGCAGUGAAAAAGCACAGGAAAAGAACGGAAUGACUGUCUCUGCAACAGGGGUGACAGUGUCGACAGCUAGCAGUAAUCAUCAUGCGGAGGUGUGUGCGGUGCAGGGACCGCAGAAGCAGCUAACAUCUACUUCCCCGAGUCCUUCUCCAACAUCCACGACCCCUUCUUCUUCACCCAGGCCCAGCUCUGUGAAUUCUAUUAAUUCCAUUAACAGCCUGGCGCACCAAGAGAUUACCGGUAGCCAGGCUAGAGUAGCUCAGUCGCCAGCCACGCCUUGCACAUCAGCAACUGCUUCUUCUUACUGCAACACGGGCGCCGGUGAAGGGCAGCAUCAAACAUCACCAUCCCAGCAACGUCCCACACCUGCUCACAUUACGAUCAGUACCAGUACAAUUGCUAACAGUCUGAGCAUCUCUCAGCCAUCCCCCACUGCCAACGUUAUGGUGGGGGUAGGUCCUGUUCGCCAAUUAUCCUCGGUAGACCACCAGAUUAGAGUGCUCACCCCAUCUGAAAUCAUGCGCACCCUCCCCUCCCUCAGCCAGGAGCACUACGAUCCGCCACCCACUGCAAUUAUUCACACUGUACCUGUACAGUCCCCGGCUAUGGAGCAAGAGAGACUUUCCAACAGAGAUCGUUCAACCAGAGAAGCUGAACAAGAACGUCAGUGGAAACAAUUGCAAGCCUUACGACAGCAACAAGCGCAGAUGCAGCAACAAGUUAUUCAUGAGCAACGUGUACACGCUAUCGCCAGAGUUCAUAGACAAAUAAGCGAAGACAAUACAACCCAGAUAAAUACUGACAAUACUACAGGAUUAACGACACAAUUGCAGGUUUCCACUUCACAGGAUGGUAAUCAUAUGGGACCAUUAGCGUCACCGUCCCCUGGAUCGCGUAAUACCUUCGCCACUCCUCCUGUGAAAGUUGCACGAGGAUUAGUGCCUCAAAGCCCUCAUCAGGGCAUACCUCGUUUACCCAAUCAACCCUGUACAACGAUGACACGACCAGUGGGGACUGUGGUUAGGCCUGGAAUGCCAAAUAAUUUCACACAACCGCCCUCUCCAUUUUCUCCUCAAGCGCCGCAAUCUCCUCACGAUUUUCCACAGUCUCCAGCCUCUUCGCAAUCUCAGGAUCACUUUCAACGUUUCGACAAUACCGAAGCCUAUUCCCAAGGUUCUCAAACACCCAGGUCACAAAUAUCUGGCACAUCUUCGUAUUCGACGUCACCCCGAAGUGACGUGUUUUCCCAGCCUCCAGGUACACCACGGCCUAUCUUUAAUGCUCCUACUACUCGUCCUUCUACUCAUGUAUAUGCACCGUCUCGUACACCUGAUCCAUAUAGUAGUCAGCCCCCCACACCCUCCCCCGCUUCAAAUUAUUCCUCGCCAAGGCCAGAAUCGCGACAAGAUCCCCCGCCGCCAGAAGUAUUCAAUCAACAACCAGAGGUGAACAGACAGUUACGCGACCUCUUGCAAAGACAGCAAUUCAAUAAAAAGAUAGAACCUGUGAAUCCUACCUGGAAUCAAGAUGGGCCAAACAACUCAGAAAACAAUCAACCACAGUUCGACGCAGCCCACGUACAACUUCCGCAACACUCUCAAGCAGCAAGUAAUACUGGGGAAGGUACUUUCAGACAUCCUCUUCCACCUGGUAUCGUUAGACCCAGGAUGCCUAUUCAGCCAAAUGUCUUGAUUAGAAAUCAAAUCGGAAUAAAUGCAAGGCAUCCUGUAGCAGCAAAUGUGGAUACCAGGGUGCAGAGUAUGGAUCCACGUACCAGAAUACUGCUGCAAAGACCACAGGUGGCUGCGAAUAUACCUCAACAACACUUUCAAGGAAAUCAGACGUUACAAACUCGGAUGCCAGCUGUACGGAGUUCUAUCGCAGAACCCUACGACGUCUUACAGCAACAAAGGUUUCCAGAUUCUAAUCCAGGCCAAAGUAUAACGCAACGUAUAGUCCGCACGCCGCAGGAUAAUUUAAAUCAAGGAAUUAGAAUGUUGAGUUCGCAAGGGAUGGUGAGAGCGCCACUCAUACCAACAACGGUUGGUGAAGCUACUGUGAGCCCCUCGGAACCUUCAGAAAUUCCUGACAACGUUACUGCAGAGCUUGAGAAAUUAGAACAAGAGGGGGCACCGAUGGUCGAGGUCGAGGGCGUGAGUGCAAUAUUAGGAGACUUAGGCGACGACGAUGAUGAAUUACUUGCUGAGAUGGGCGCAGAUUUUAAUAUUUUGGAAUACGCUGAUCCUGAAUUGGACAACAUAACCGGUGGCGAGAAAACAAAUAUACUCGACUUAGAUUUAGAGCAAGUCGAGGUAGAGACGAAGGAAGAGAAACAAAAGAAGGAAGUUAAGGACGAGGAGCGAAAACCAGCGGAGUUAGGCUCGACCAGCACGGUACACACCGAUAUCAGUGACACGUGCACGACGACCACAGUACAAACACCGACGGAAACAUCCAAUGCUCCGACUCAAGCGCAAACAGUACCGCCGAUUACAGUGACAUCGCAAACGCCGCAGCAAACAACCACCAUUAUGCCUCAGGCGCAUGCUCAGGCUGUCGUUGUGCAACAACAAAUGCAUCAGCACGUGCAACAAGCCGCGGCAAUGGGCAGACCUAUGCCUCCUGGUACUCGCUUGCUAUCGCCUGACGGAGCCGUUGGCGUCGUCACGUCCACCAACACUGUUACUGUUAGUUAUCCGUCCACAUUCCCUGGACAUCCUCAGAGAAUGCCUCAAACACAUAUCCAAGUAUCUCAACAGCAACGUCUGAGCAUGAGAGUAGCAGGCGUACCGAACGUGGCUGGCAGAGUGGUAGCCGUGAAUCACAUGAUCGGCCCUCGUAUGCCCCUAGCACCGCCGCCACCACCUCCGCCACCUCCGUAUCCUGGACCACCGCCCCCUUAUCCAGGACCUAUACAGAUGGGGCUGUGCCCAGGUGGGCGGGGUUUGACGCGGCCCCCAGUCCAUAUAGGGCACCCAGUGCCGGUGGCAGGUCCACCGAUGGCCCCUGUGGUACAUACUGGUACACCCGCAAUGACACCUCACCCUCACCGAAGACCCUUGCUUCUGCAGUCAUUGUCACAGGAACAACCACUGUUGCUGGAGGAGCUUCUGGAACAAGAGAAACGCGAGCAAGAAAAGCAGCAACAACAACAACAGCAGCAACAACAACAACAACAACAGCAGCAGCAGCAGCAGCAGCAAAGCGAUAAUACAAGUUCCGGAGGACCUCUUCUCAGUGACAGUGAGUUUGAAAGAUUUAGAGCAGACGUUUUGGGUUCUGCACCUCUUGCUUCUCCUCCACAAGGAAUUACAUCAGUACCUGGAGGAGUUCCUGUAAUUAGGCCGGCUUGUGCACCAAGGCCACCGUCAGCUCCAGGUACCAAUUGGCAACAACCAGUUCCAGACGCGACUAAACUAGCAGCCCAAGUGCCCAGGCAACCGAUCGCCACGCAAACACCACCUGAACCGAGGGUUGCCACGUUUAAUAUUUCUCAAAUUCCCGCUCCGCCCACGCCGCCGGAGAAUAUUGUGAACGAACAGGAUCGUCAAGCACAACUGCAAUAUGAACAGUGGCUAAACCAUCAGCAUCAAGUGUUGACACAGCAACUGAAGUAUUACGAAACUGAGGUACAAAAGCUGCGUAAAAUACGAAAAUCUCUAAAUAGUAAGCAGCGACAGCUACGAAAAUCGGGGAACGAGUUGACCGAGAACGACGCAACGGAACUCCAACGUAUAUCCAGCGAGCAAGCGAUACUGCAAAAGCACUUGGACGCGAGCCGCAAGCAAACACGUCAACACGGAAUGUUGAUACAGGAGUAUCACAGUAAACAGCAACAGAGACAACCUCAAUCCCAGAACAGCGAACCGUGUUCACCGUUGAUGUCUCCGUCUCAGCAUUCGCCGAUGCACAGUCCCGCCGCUGUCGUCUCUCAGAGUCCAGGGCCAGGAAACGUUCCGACGAGUAUGAUACAGCAUUCACCGGUGACUCCCAUCAUCCAGCACAGUCCAAAUCCGCCGUUGCUGCAACACAGUCCAGGCAAUCCUCAGUCGGGGAACCCAGGAACAAUGUCGCCUCAUAACAUGCAACAGUCGCCUAGAAUAGGAACUCCACACUCGCAAAACGAAGAGAGUCCCUUCAGUCCCGGUGCAAUGCCAUCACCUGGGAUGUGUGGUCCUACAGCCACCCGAAUGACGUCUCCUCAACAUCGCGCGAUUAUCACUGGGAGACUGGCGACGAGUCCAGGCGCGUUCACACCAGACACGCGAACAACUCAACAAAUCAUCGGUGAACAAGCAGUUAGAGUUCACAAUCUCACUCAACGUUUCGUCCGUCCACCCGCCGUGGGAGAACCUGGACAAAGGCCCAGAAUGCAAUUGCAAGGAGGAAUCGUGUACGGUCAACGUUCUCCGUUAGGAAGUCCCCAACCUACCCAGCAAUCUUUGAUUAGUCAACAACACCAACAGAUGCUUCAGCGACAGCAGAUCAUUCAGCAGCAACACGAGACGGUUGGGAUACUCCAAGACGGACAGAACACGAUCACUCAACGCACGCUGCAAUUGGCGCAACAAAGGCAGCAGCUUCUGCAACAGCAGCAGCAGCAACAGCAAAUAGUCCAGCAACAGAGACAACAGUUUAUGCAGAUGCAACAACAGCAGCAACAACAACAGCAACAUAACAUGCAAAAACCACCGAGUUCUCCCAUGGUUUCACAGCCAGCGAACUCUCCAAGCCCACAGCUUCAUCAACAAAUUCAACAGAAUUAUGGACAACCGCCUAGUUCGCCCAUGCCGCGGAGUCCCAUGGUCCAGCAAACUAUGGGCUCGCCGAUGCUUCAGCAACAGUUGAGUCAAACUUCUCAGCCUCCUAGUCCGAUGAACUCGAGGAUUCAUCAUCCACCUAGUUCGCCUAUGAUAUCGCAGUACCAGCCACCGAGCCCAAUGUCUCGUCAUCCCUCAACGUCGCCGAUGCUGCAACACCAGCUGAACAGUAGUCACCAUCCUCCAACGUCGCAACCACCCAGUUCUCCGAUGCCCAGGAGUCCAAUGGUCGGUGGGUCGCCCAUGCAAAUGCAGAGAAGACAGUCCACGGGUAACAGUCCAGCGAUGCCUGAUCGACCACAGAGCGUGGAGAACCCAGGAACUCCAAGAACACCACAUACUCCUCACACACCUCACACGCCACACGGUUCCUACGCGAAUCAGGGCUCUGGCAACAUCACUGUGACCAACGAUCAGCAGCAACAAAUGCAACAGUCCCACCAACAUCAACAGCAACAAUCACUUUCGCAAGAACAAACCGUUUCGACAGAUCAUUCGAGCAGAGGAGGAGGUAAUCCCCAUAAUCCCUUGAACCCACUGCCACUCACCACAGCUUUUGGUCGAUUUGGAUAUUUUAAACUUGGACUGAGGGGUGGCUCGCCCAUGUGGUCGACCAAGGCGGAGACCAGCAAGGGGAAGACCUCGGAGUCGCAUUUGUUGAACCUGGACGAGAAACCUAACACUUCUGUAGUCAUGCACAGGAAGACUGGCAUACCUCAGUCGAAAAUUAAUUCUCUGGUGUGCGCUGAUUACAACGACUUCGACGAUGACUCCCACACUCCACCACAAACUCCUCCAACCGUCAUAGAGACCAAGCAGACCACUUCGUUAUCGGAUAACGGACCGUUGACGCUUGGUAGCCCGAGUAAUAAACUGGAACCGAUCCCUGACACCACGGAUUAUGAUGACGACAAGACUAUAGUGAACACAGAGGUGACGUUGAGCUCCACAGCUCAACGAGACAGCGACGACAUCACGGUUAUAGAUCAGUUUGGUGAUUCUGAGCUCGUCGACGUGAUGUCAGGAACUCUGGAGAGCGACAUACAGGAGGAGUAUGUACUCUUCGAACCCGAAAUGGUGGUGGACCUGUCUGCAGAUAGUAAUGAUUCUCUAUGCCAGGCGUUGGUCAACGAAGGAAGCCAAGGGCAUGAUUUGGUCCAGAUAUUAGAAAUCGAGAAUCCUGAAUCUCAAACGGACGAACAAAUUCUUAGCGACGAAGACUUGGUACCCUCCCACGCAAGAAACAAAAAGGGUCUGCGAUUGGACAUCGUGAGGACGUUGCAGUCUGGGAAGAGACUAGUCGCGGUGACUGAUACACCCGAAUCACCAGAUCAAGAGGAACUUCGAGUGGAUCCGUCGCCUGGAUCCUACAUGGACCAGUCUCCUGAGCAAGAUCUCAUGCUGUCAUUUGUCAGUGAGUCGGAGGUGGUGAUCAUCGACCCUAGUACAAAGUCGCCUGAAGACAACUUGUCCAAAGAAUCCUGCACCGAUGAAGCCGAGAAGGACAACGCCAGUGUCCCAGACACGCCCAAAGAGAACGCAACCGUGGAAACAAACGUCGUCGAGGAGCAAUCAAAAGCGCAGAAAGAAUCAAAGCCGAACAGAAGCCCCCCGCCGUUUCUGUUCACCGAAAAAUUGCUAUAUAAUCAAAUGCCACCAUCCAGCGUGCACCAUGCGAACAUAGGAGUGUCUCCCGUGUCCAGGACGACGGUUUCCUCUUCAACUACUGGAAAUAUGAAUAUCUCUACCAGCAAUACAGUCACUACGUCUACCAAUGCAUCGACAACAGAUGUUGGUAAAUCGACCUCGAUAUUCACCACCCUGAGCAUAACGAAGGACACGGUGUCUUCCUUCAACAACAAAAAACAACUGCCGUCGACGAUGGCGAGCAUCGUGGCUGACGCAAAAAUCGCAGCCAAGUUGAGUCAGACCGCCUUGGAGAACAUCACCGUCGCCUCGCAACACAACAUGAGAGCAGAGACGUUGCCCAAGAUCAGCUCACCGAGCCUCGAGGUUUCCAAGUCUCAGGUGACCUGCUCGGAAAAGCUGACCUCGACUGUUCCCAACGUGCAAAACAUUUACACCAGUUUCGUCCAGAACACCACCAGCAGCGUGGAGUCGAGUAAUCCCACCAAGUUGCUCUUGAGCGUGCAGCCAACGUCCGUUACGCUGUUCACCCCGAAAAUGUCUAUACCCGAUCUUCCAAAAAAGGAGAACAGCAACGCAAUAGCGGCGACGAAAGAGGAGCUGGACGCAUUCGAGAAAACAAAGGUCAAAGUCGAGAAGGAUGAAACGGACUCGCGAAAGACUUUGGAUGAGAACAACGUAGACAUUCCAAGUACUAAUGUUUCUAGUUCAGCUGUCGGUCAAGAACCAACGCCAGAGGUGGAGAAGAGAAGCGAUCCUCUGAACACCACCGACGAAUUGGAGAGCAUGCUCGAGGCGAUUCACAACCCUGCCGAGAACACCGUGAGCAGAGAGAACUCUAGAGGGGACAGCAAGACGGAUACAGUGUCAUUGAAAAGGAUAUCGCCAGUUACGGAUGAUUUGUCGCUGGUGAACAUUUUGGAAAACGAUGCUGAACCCACGGAAAACGAGAACAAAGAGGAGCCAGCUUCCGAAACGCAGAGGAUCAACAGCAAACCAAAAGAAAUUGAAACGUCCGUCGCCGACAACAGCACCUCGAGCAUACCUAAAAAAGAGAAGAAACACGAGGAAUUGUGCACAGACAUUGAGCCAAGCAAACCGUACGUACAGCACUGUCUCAACGAGGAGAAGAUGAUGGAUGAGUCGUCUGACGACUUGCUGGACAUGCUGCACAAUAUAAUAUCAUCCAAACCAGAAAUGGCUAAUAGAGAGAUUCUCCAAGAAGAUAGGUCCAGGAAGAGUAUGAUGUACGACUUGCCAACACCGUUGGAUACUUUGCCUUUAAACAUUCUCCAGGACUCCUUGAUGGACCUGGAACAGGAACAGUCCGAUAACGAACAUCUAUUGGCCAACGAAAGCAAAGGUUCAAAGCCACGGAAGGUCAGUUCACCGCCCCUAGAACCGGCGCCUAAGAAGAGCUCUCCGCUUCCUCAACAGAGCACUCCUUUGGUAGUGAGCACCAUAGCUCAGUUGCAGAAGAGCACGACGACGGUACCUCAUCUCUCGCCGCUGUCAAAACCCACAGAGUUAACGUCGAACGUCGCCAACGUGUCGCACCAGCUGAGAACGUUGCUCUCCUCCCUGCAGACCAAUCAUUCGCAGAAUUGUACAACCGUGAAUCAAACCGCCAUCGUCACGAUGGUGUCCGCCAUCUCUGGCUCCAAAGUAGGUAACAUAUUAUCCACGGCGAGCACGCCUGCUCCAAAUCCUGUAAAUAAUCUGCACAGCAACGCCAACAUACGACUGCAGACGUGCAUGACCACGUCCCAUUCGAUGACACCCAAUAAAGCCGAUCUGGAGACCACAACCACUAGUUAUACCACACCACAUACAAAGGAAAGUACAAAUUCUACGGUAAGCGUCGUUUCCACGUUAUGCAAGGUCACCCCUUCGGAUCCAUUUCUACGAGUCACUUCCAGCGGGAUGCAGUCACAACCCAGCACCAAUAUGUCUUUGCAAACGUCGUCUGUGAUCACUUCAAGGCCACCGACUAACUCUGGGAUCUCCAUCACGUCUAACGCGAUGCUGAACGCCAUGUUGGCUGGGACGAACUCAGCGAAACCGACGAUAGCUGGUCAUCGAACGAACACCGCUCCCACGCAGGCCAGCAAUUUGUUGAGCUCCGUGAUGGCCACCUCUGUGCAACGCACGCAAAGCCUCCAGGCAAUACUGCAAGUCAGCUCUGGGAUCUCUGCUGCUCCAUCGCGAGUCGUCGUCAACGCCACGUCGACCACCGUCACGACCUCAAUGCAAUGUGUCAGAACGAUAGUACCUCCCAUAGUCACCACGAGUACCAACAACAUCAGCGUCAGCACCAGCAUACUCCAGAGCACUCUGUCUCAAACACCGACUCUUUUGCAUUCGCAGCUGACCUCUGGACAGGCUCAGUACAAACCUAGCGGUCAUCUAACCUUGGAGAAUAAGAACACCGAUCUCGAGAGGCUAGCACAGAAUACACCGCUGAAGAAGGAAGAGGAAUCGAACUGCAAAUCCCAGUCUGUGCUUGAGAAACCGACCGCUAGACCCGAUUUGGAUCUGAGCAAAGGUACUGCUGGCUCACACAGGAUGGAAGAGUCGCAGAACGUGCUGUUGAAGCAACUGCUGCAGAACACCGCGUGCGCCACGACUUCUAGUUCCUCGCAAGGUCCCAGUUUGCCGCUGGUACCGUCGCUAGAGGCACAACUGGCGAGGCCAGUCCCACCUACACCGUUCGCCGUCUUGCCGCCUCUGUUGAACGAAGUGCCUAAGACUACGAGCAACAAGCAAGUCCUCGCUAGGGAGACGUCGUUUCUGUCGCAGACAGUGACGCCUUUGAAGGUGCAGAGCCCGCCAACCAAAGAAGAGCCACCAAAACCACCUCCACCGAUCUCCACCUCCGCGCCAGUCCUGUCCCAGCAGCGCAUGAUCGACAGUUUCGUCAAACAACAACCGACGACGCAGCAGUCGACGAAGAUCACCCCUAUCGCGAGCCAGGCGAACCAGCAACCGACCACCACGGUGACCAAGCAACAACCACCAAUUACGGUGAAGCCACCGGAUACUACCACCGCUGUCAAACAAGAACCAGUCACCGUUCAACCGCCAACGAAACCUGCGAAUGACUCUGUAAUCAACAACAACGUUCCCAGCCAGCAGCAAUGCGUGUCGACUCCCAUGGUCGUUUCGCGAGUCGUGCCCCAAACGAAACCCGCGAUCACGACGAUGGCUGGUAAAACUAUACAAUCAACCACGCAGCAAACGUCGAACGCCAUCCAAGUGGCUCAAACGAUGACAACUGUUACCACCACCCAGCCGCAAACGCAACAACCUCAGCCCCAGAUACCGGUUACCCCUAAAUCCAUUGUCACGACGCAACAACCAUCCCCACACGUAAACACAAUACCGCCAUCAGUGCCUCAUACGGUGUCUCAUACUGUGGGUCACCAAACCCAGGCGUCACAGGGUGCGAAUGCACAACACACAGUGCCUUUAGUGGAAGUCAAAAAGGAAGUUCUUGAUGAAGUUCUAUCUAGUGGUACACCUACCCAAUUAACCGAUACCAAAGACUUUCUUACUGCCAAAGAGGAGCUUAUCGACGGAUCGAUUGACGACAAAACUGAUCUCAAGAAGUUGAAAAGGCGACAAUAUCAACAAAAACGGAAACAAAGCCAAGGAAAGGACGCGGCGACAGCACCUCAGAAGAAGCGCGCCAGGAAGGUGUCCCGCUUGGACGAGGAUUAUGACACGUUCAUCGACAAUUUAAUGACCCAAUUGCGACAACUUCAGCCAAUGGCAGUAUUAGAACCCCUUUUAGGCAAGAAUUACGGCGUGUGUCCUAUAUUUGGCUCGGGUGACUUGAUGAAAAUUGGAAGUCAGAAGGAUUACAACACCAGGACAGGAGAUUUGGUGGGUUCAUACGGAACCGCUACGUUGCCAGGUGUCUCUGAUCACUAUAACACGCAGCCAUUUGGCGAAUUGGAACCCUUACCGCCUCAACAGCCUGCUUCCACUCAGAGAGGGUUUUACGAUCAAGAAUUUCCACCCCUUAAAUUAGAUGAUUCCGAUGAAAAGAAGGAGAAUUCUUUGCUGGCGAACCGUGACGUCGACUCUCCUGACACGAUAGUCAGCUCAUCCUCACCUGAAUGCGUCAUCCCAGAGUUCAUACACCGAUUCCCUGGUUUGAGAUUGAUUGAGGAAGAAUCGGACGAGGAGUCUGAUUGGUUGAAACGCGUGUCACCUGUGAUACCAUUAAUCUCGCCGAUUCCUAUCAGACUCAAACCAGCUUAUGUCAAAGAUACGGCUAAACAAGACAAAGAAAACCUUGGAAUACCAAAACUCGGAAAAUCACCUCCAAUACCUCUAAGAGAUGGCAACGUGACAGUUACAUUGACCUUGAACAGUCAGGCUGCAGACGACAUAAUGGGAGUACUUAAAGACUUGGCAAAUAUUUUGAAUAUAGCUCCUCCCACUGGUUACCAGAUAGUAGAACGUACCACUACUCCCCCUAGUCAGAAAUUAGGUCUUUAUAGAACCAAGGGAAAAGAUGGUAAAGAGGGAGCUCCAAUUGAUAUACAAAGUAUUUUGAAUGGCGCUGCCAAAUUCUGUCGUCAUUGCGAGGUUGUGAUAUUGAAUAGUUUAAUAAGGAAGAAAGUAUCAGACUUACCAUUUUUAAGUAAGGAGGAAGCAGAGCCUGGUGAUGAAUUAUGUUUCUGUUCAGCAGCCUGUUACAUGCAAUUUGCCCUCAUGCACAGAACGCCAUCGAACACGCAAUAUAAGGCUGCAACCAUAGUAGACCACCUAUGUCAUAAAAUAGACAGUAAGAUAUUGGACGACGAUUUCAAAAAGGGGAAAAAAUUCGUGAUCAAACAGUCGGUUGAGCCGGUUGAAAGUAUGGACAUCGACCAGCCGGAGAAGGAGUGUGAAAUUAAAAUAAAAACUGAGAAAGAGGAUCAGGAUGUCCUGGAGAUGAAGGAGGAACUAAUGGAGGACAAGAGACCGAAGAAACAUUCGGCUAUUGAGGAAUCCUCGAGCGAAUCGACCGAACCCCAACCACCUGCGAAAGUAUGGAGAGGCUUGCGGUACAAACCUUGGUCCAUUGGCUCGAUGCAACCUCAUACAAAGUAUAAGAAACCAACCGACAAAGAAAUCACGGAGAUGCUUUUCCGUAUGGGGGUGACAGUAGUGCCUGCCAAAGCGGAAGACAGUCGACGAUGCAUGUUUUGUCACAGUCAAGGUGACGGUACAGCCGAUGGUCCCGCUAGACUACUUAAUUUUGACGUCGAUAAAUGGGUGCAUUUAAAUUGCGCACUAUGGUCCGAAGAUGUGUACGAAACUGUAAAUGGUGCCUUGAUGAAUCUCGAUACUGCUUUGCAACAUAGUCUUGUAUUAAAUUGUAUUGUUUGCGAAAAGCCGGGAGCUACAGUAAAAUGUUUUAAAAUGCGCUGCACCAACGUGUACCACCUUGGCUGCGCUGUCAAAGAUGGCUGUGUUUUUUAUAAGAAUAAGAGUACCUACUGCUCUCAACACGUGCAAAAGAACGAGAAAGAUAACGAGCUGACGACGCUAUCCGUGUACAGAAGGGUGUACGUCAAUCGAGACGAAAACCGACAAGUCGCAGCUGUGAUGCAUCAUUCGGAACAUAAUCACUUAUUGCGGGUUGGGAGCCUGAUAUUUUUAAGCGUGGGACAGCUGCUCCCGCACCAGCUCGCCAACUUUCACACACCGAACUACAUCUACCCGGUUGGAUACAAGAUCGUCAGGUUCUACUGGAGCAUGAGGAGGCCAAACAAACGCUGUCGAUACGUCUGUUCCAUCCACGACGUGUCCGGUCGACCAGAGUUCAGAGUAUUGGUUCAGGAGCCUCUCCAAGAGGACGUCGAGUUACGGGACGCCACGCCGCGUGCCGUUUGGAGCAGAAUCCUCGAACCUCUUUCUGAACUGCGAAGAACGACGCACAGCGUUCAGCUGUUCCCUCGUUAUGUCUCUGGCGAGGACCUGUUCGGGCUAACCGAGCCAGCAGUGGUUCGCGUUCUCGAAAGUCUUCCAGGCAUCGAAACUCUCACCGAUUACAGAUUCAAAUACGGUCGGAAUCCCCUGUUGGAACUGCCAUUGGCGAUCAAUCCCACGGGCAGCGCGCGAACCGAGGCGCGGCUACGUAACCAACUCCCGUGGAAGAGGCCGCACACACAGCGCACAGGCUCCUCCGCCAGGGCGACGUUUGUACCAACCGCGACAGUCGCUGGCGAGGUGGCGUGCCCUUAUUCGAAGCAGUUCGUUCAUUCCAAGAGCUCGCAGUACAAGAAAAUGAAGCAAGAGUGGCGGAACAACGUGUACCUGGCGCGCUCCAAGAUCCAAGGCUUAGGACUGUACGCUGCGCGCGAUUUAGAGAAGCACACCAUGGUCAUCGAGUACAUCGGGGAGAUUAUUCGCACCGAGCUGGCUGAAACCAGGGAGAAACAGUACGAAGCAAGGAAUCGCGGUAUUUAUAUGUUCCGCCUAGAUGAAGAAAGAGUUGUCGAUGCAACAUUGUGUGGAGGCCUUGCGAGGUACAUCAAUCACUCAUGUAACCCAAAUUGCGUCGCUGAAAUCGUUGAGGUAGAACGUGAUCUUAGAAUUAUAAUCUUUGCAAAGCGAAGAAUCUCACGUGGCGAAGAGCUGGCAUACGAUUACAAAUUCGACAUUGAAGAUGACCAGCACAAGAUAGCAUGCGCAUGUGGCGCGCCUAACUGCCGCAAGUGGAUGAACUAAAGAGCUCUAUCCACCGUUGUUAUUGUUACUACGUUAUUGGGUAGGUUUUACAUGAAGAAAAAAAAUAUAUAAAUACAUAUAAAUAUAUAUAUAUGCAUAUAUAUGAUACAUAUAUGUAUAUUAUAUAUAUAUAUAUAUAUGAUACAUAUGAUAGACACAUUAUUUAAUUUGUAAAGUGCCAUUGCAGUUUGACUAAUUGAUUCAUAGUGAAGUUGGUGCUAUGCCAUCACAACAUUCCUCCAAAGUUGUACAAUAUUAGUUUUACUUUACAAAACAUAGAACAUUGAUCGCUUGUAUAUUACGGACACUCUUGAGGACACGACGCGGAAUAAUUGCGAAACAAAUUUUAUGGGUCGUGUGUAUUGUAUACAGGAAGUUUGUAUCUUUGUAUGUUGAGUAGAGUCAACGUUUAGUUGACCAAUAUUGUAAUAUAAAUCGUUUAUUAAUUAUUAUUGCAUAUACAUUGCACUGUAUCUGUACAUAAGUAGAGAUCCAUGUUAUUUUGAAUCACCGGAUGAAUUAUGUAAAGUAACAGUAUCUAAUUUAGAAUUAUAUACAAUUAUAACUAUUUCAUUAUAUGAUAAUAAAUCCGUACAAUAUCUACUGA